GCAUAUGUGCACAUCGUGGGGGGUCGUUGGUAGGCCUUGGGUGUAAGAGUGAUAACCUCAAAGGAAGUCCUGGUCCGAAAGAUAUUACAAAACAGUGUUGACUCAUUGGUAGCCCAACAAACUGUCUAUCAAACACUGGUACUCUCGCCUGUUAAAACAAUGGAGCCAACGCGUCUGAACCCAGGUCCCUACCCGCUGCUGAUAGUAGCCACAAUGACUGUACUCAUUCAGGAUCUGAGCACAGCAGGAGGGGUCAACGCGUGGAUGUACCACCACAGCAUCGACCCGCCUCGUACCUGGAGUUCGGCCCGAACCUGGUGCCAGCAGCGAUACACGGACAUGGUGGCCAUCCAGAACCAGGGGGAGAUCGCCUACCUCAACCAGAUGCUGCCCAGCAACCCCAGCUACUACUGGAUCGGCAUCCGCAAGGUGGCGGGGGUCUGGACCUGGGUGGGCACCAAUAGGAGCCUGACACCAGAGGCUCAGAACUGGGCGGUUGGGGAGCCGAACCACCCGUUGGAGGACUGUGUUGAGAUGUACGUCAAGAGGGAAAAGGACACGGCAAAGUGGAACGACGAGCGGUGCAAUAAGAAGAAAGGAACCGUCUGCUAUACAGCCUCGUGUUCAGAGGGAUCCUGUGGUAACCAUGCCGACUGUGUAGAGACCAUAGGAAACUUUACCUGCCAAUGUCACCCCGGCUUCCUAAGCCCUCGCUGUGAAGAGGCGGUCACGUGCGACGCCCUCUCGGUUCCUCAGCACGGCCGUCUCCAGUGUCACGGAUCCUACGGACCUUCACGCUUCAAUUCGUCCUGCCGGUUCCACUGUGACCUCGGGUACAGCGUGGAGGGCCCGGAAUGGCUGCAGUGUCAGGCGUCCGGACGCUGGGACCACCCCGCCCCCCGGUGCCAAGUGGAACAGUGCGCGGCUCUGAAGCCGACGUCUGACAGACUGCUCAGGACCUGCCUCCAUCCGAUUGCCAAUGACAGCUUCAACUCCACUUGUGCGUUCAGUUGUGAGGAGGGUUUCGAGCUCAGUGGACAAAGCGUGACGAUAUGCGACCAUGCGGGUCGAUGGACCGCAGAGGUCCCGACGUGUUCAGUGAUUGCGUGCGCUCCCAUUUCCCCUCCUGCUAUGGGCAACAUGACCUGUGUUGACAGCCUGGCUCCGUUCUCCUUUGGCUCCUCGUGUAGCCUCACCUGUUUGGAAGGCUACACUCUGGCCGGCAGCCACACACUGGCCUGCUCAGCCUCUGGACAGUGGAGCCAACCCAGACCCACUUGUUUAGCUGUGCGGUGCAUCGGUCUGAAAGUCCCCCCUCAUGCUGUCUUGGGCUGCCAGGAUCCUAUCGGAGUCUUCAGCUAUGGUUCCACGUGCACACUGCACUGUGAAGAGGGAUUUAAUCUGAUCGGCAGCAACACCACUCAAUGUUUGGCACAAGGCCGCUGGAGUGGCCAACUUCCUGUCUGUCAGGCCGUGCAGUGCUCAGUCUUGUCUGCCCCCCCUCACGGCUCCCUGUCCUGCUCCAACCCCCAUGGAGAGUUUAGCUUCUCCUCUCGCUGCGCUCUCACCUGUGAUGAAGGCUUCCAGCCCAACGGGACGGCCCACACAGAGUGCUCCUCCCUGGGGUCCUGGAGCCAGGAGGUCCCUCAGUGCCUGGCCGUGCAGUGCUCAGUCUUGUCUGCCCCCCCUCACGGCUCCCUGUCCUGCUCCAACCCCAAUGGAGAGUUUAGCUUCUCCUCUCGCUGUGCUCUCACAUGUGAUGAAGGCUUCCUGCCCAACGGGACGGCCCACACAGAGUGCUCCUCCCUGGGGUCCUGGAGCCAGGAGGUCCCUCGGUGCCUGGCCGUGCAGUGCUCAGUCUUGUCUGCCCCCCCUCACGGCUCCCUGUCCUGCUCCAACCCCCAUGGAGAGUUUAGCUUCUCCUCUCGCUGCGCUCUCACCUGUGAUGAAGGCUUCCUGCCCAACGGGACGGCCCACACAGAGUGCUCCUCCCUGGGGUCCUGGAGCCAGGAGGUCCUUCUAUGCCUGGCCGUGCAGUGCUCAGUCUUGUCUGCCCCCCCUCACGGCUCCCUGUCCUGCUCCAACCCCCAUGGAGAGUUUAGCUUCUCCUCUCGCUGUGCUCUCACCUGUGAUGAAGGCUUCCUGCCCAACGGGACGGCCCACACAGAGUGCUCCUCCCUGGGGUCCUGGAGCCAGGAGGUCCCUCGGUGCCUGGCUGUGCAGUGCUCAGUCUUGUCUGCCCCCCCUCACGGCUCCCUGUCCUGCUCCAACCCCCAUGGAGAGUUUAGCUUCUCCUCUCGCUGCGCUCUCACCUGUGAUGAAGGCUUCCAGCCCAACGGGACGGCCCACACAGAGUGCUCCUCCCUGGGGUCCUGGAGCCAGGAGGUCCCUCUGUGCCUGGCCGUGCAGUGCUCAGUCUUGUCUGCCCCCCCUCACGGCUCCCUGUCCUGCUCCAACCCCCAUGGAGAGUUUAGCUUCUCCUCUCGCUGCGCUCUCACCUGUGAUGAAGGCUUCCUGCCCAACGGGACGGCCCACACAGAGUGCUCCUCCCUGGGGUCCUGGAGCCAGGAGGUCCCUCGGUGCCUGGCUCGCUCCUGCCCCCUGCUUGUGACCGCACCGCACCACGGCUGGAUGAACUGCAGCCAUCCUCACUCGUCCUUCAGCUACGCCUCCCACUGUGACCUUGGGUGCAGCGAGGGCUUCCGGCUCAGCGGAACACCCAGUAUAAACUGCAACACAUCCGGCGACUGGAGCGGCGUGAUGCCAACGUGCAAGGUGGUCCAGUGUGAGGCUAGCUGGCUGGCUGGCCUCACCGCCUCGCCCCUCUCCCUCAACUGCUCCCACCCCCGGGGAAACUUCAGUUUCGGCUCCCGUUGUCGCUUCGCCUGUGCGGGGGCCUACUCCCUGAAUGGCACUGAGGAGCUGCUCUGCUCCUCCUCCGGGCGCUGGAGCGCCGCUUUACCAACGUGUGCUGAGGUGGGUACGCCCCUGUGGUCGGCCGUCCUGAUGUACUCUGGAGCGGGGGCCGCCUCCCUCGCGGUGCUGCUCUGCGCGGUCGGCGCCGGCCUGCUGGUCGCCAAGCGCUUCAAGAAGAAAGGUAUAAUGGAUGAAGACAAUUCAUUCUGGGAAGAGAGAGAAAAUCCGGAAUUUUAAUCUUGAAUCUUCCUCAGUUCGGAAAACGACACAAAAACUCAGGUCGAUGUGUGGCGUUAUUAUGAAGAACACUGUUCUCGUUUGUUCAAUAGUGUGUUGUGGCCAUUUUUUGAUACAAACGACAGGAUAGCCUGAUAUUUUUGCAGAUUAUUUCCGGUUCUGCAUUUCUUUUGGCAGAUUAUCCGGUGGUGUGGGGUAUUUUUAAAAUUGGAUUUCACUUCCCUAAACCUAUUAAACUUUUUAAACGAUUCAAUAUAGUAAAUAGUCAAAGGGCAGCCGAGUCGCAGUAUGAGGAUGGUCAUGUGGAAAACACGAUAGCCAAUUAAUAGGCAGGCCGACCAUUCUACCAAACAAAAGCCCUGAAGGAAAAAGUGAAUGUGAUGGAUUUGCCAAAUAGAGGGAUCCAACUCAUGCUGUUAUAUAAACAGUCCGUUUUCAUGCCAACUCCAUGACCUCUUUCAUCGUUUUUUAAGGAGAUCCCCAAUGUUUUUUCCGCUUAAGAAUUGUUAUGAUACCGAGAUUGCAAUUGCGAUUCGCGAAUAAUGACUUGGUUGUUAGUAAUGGAAUUAGUGUGGAGUACUCUGUUGGCAAAAUCGAUUUUUCCUCUCACAAACUAAAAUACCUAAACCGUUAAAUGUGUCUAGGUGUGUGGUCUCUCCGAUGUUUCUUACAUUUGAAAAAAGGCCAAUGUGCCAUUCAUUUAGUUAUAUUUUCUAUUCUGCUGAGCUUUUUCUUUGUUUAGAUUGUACACGUUAAAUAAAGUGUCUACCACACACAGCA